AUGGAUGAAAAUCAAAAACCAAACUACAUAUGUGCAUACUGUAACACAGGCUAUUACCCUCCUCCUCUUCCAACCUAAUUUGACUAACAAAAUCCUCCUAUAGUACCUUGUUCAUAAAGUUAUGAUAUAAUAUAUAUAAGUGCUGAUGCAAAUAAGGAAUGCUAAGAAAAUGUCACAAGUCCUCUCAACUAAAAUAACUGCGAAAAGCAUUUUCAAAUAGGAAAAUGUGUAUGUGAGAAUUACGAAAACGCCUGCAAAAAAAAUAUGGAUGGAAGUUUAGAAAAGCCAUAUGAUAAUUUAUUCAACGCCUUAUUUUUUACAGAAAAGAAAUACGAAAAACAAUACAACUUAAAUUUAAGUUUUAUUCUUUUGAAAGGAAAAGAAAGUUAAAAAACCACAUUUUAAGAUUCAUCUUUUGAAAAUUUUAACGACGCUUUUUGGCGAGUAGAAAAUCAUGCUAAAUUUGUGGCAAAAAGUCCAUUUACUAUUAAUGUUUAUAGCAUAGGAUUAGCGUAAUUUGCAGGAGAAUUAAUUAUUGAUAAUUCGAUUUUUUCUAAAGCUAUUCCUUUUUUACAUACUUAAGCUCUUUUUUGUUCUUAUACUUCUGAAAUGGUUGGAUAUGUAGAAGGUGAUUCCUAAAAGAAAUUAUGGUUUCCAGGAUACUCGUAAAAAUUAACAGAUUAUUCAGAUAUUUUAAACUCUCAUAUAGUCUUAAUAGAUACUUUAGCUCGUAUAGACAUCCGAAAUAGCAAAUUUUUAAAUAAUACAAGUAAUUCAGGACCUGCAUUAACAACUAAAGAAAAUUUUAUGUUAAGUCAUAUUGAUUUAAUAAAUAAAAAAAGUGAAAUUUUCAUUUACAAAAAUAUAUUCGAAAUGAAUUUUGGAUUAAUGGCUGGUUCUGUAAUCCGUAUAAUGAGAAAAGGACCUCUUUAUACAGAAAACUACUGCGGUCCAAUUUAUUUAAAAGAGAAUAUUUUCCAAGAAAACUACGGAUGUCGUACUAAUUUCGCUAUAGUGAAUAUUCAGUGUUUUUUCUAAGGCGAAUUUACCGAUUCAGGUAUCCAAAAAGCCAAAGAUAUCAAAUUAGAUGAAGAUAUAAAAACAUAUGCGAGCAAAGAACUUCAAGCUCCAUAAGGAUACAAAGACAAAAAAGGUUAUAAUUUAGGGCUUUCUAAAGGCUUUAUAGCCGAUUCAGGUUUUUUAAUGAAGGAAAGUUCUGCUGUUUUAUUAGAUUUAUGUGAUAAAAUAUAAAUUAUUGGGAAUACUUUUGAUAAAAACUGGAGUGUUUCAACUGGAGAUUACUACAUAGGGUCAAGUUUGAAUAUUUUCAGGAGUAUAAGCUUUCACGGAAUUUUCAUUUAAAAUAAUUUAUUUAAAAAUCAUGAAGGAAAUGGAAAAUGUAUGAUACAUUUAAUUGGAGGAGAUAUUGUAUAAUUAAAUUAAAAUUAAUUUAUUAAUAAUGAUAAUGAUUAUUUUGAUUCAAACAAUAAAUAAGGAAUUUGGGGUUAUAUAUGUACAACUGAUAAAUUAGGUAUUUUAGCAAAAAGUAAUGGAAUGAAUCAAAUAACAAUUUAAGGUGAUGAAGCUGAUGAGAAUUUUAUUGAUUUUUAUGAUAACAAAGGAAAAUUAAUUACACAUUACUCAAACGUUUCUAAAUUAAUGCUAAAAGGCAUAAAAAUAAAGCAAAAUAAAUCUAAAGAAAGUCUAAUUGAUAUAAUAAGUACAGCUGAAAAAACUGAAAUAAUAAAUAUUAAAGCCUUUGAAAAUUCCCAAUAUUAAAAUGGUAUAAUAAAUAUAAUGGAUAGUAAAUUUGUAGAAAUACAAGGGGCAUAAAUAUAAAAUAAUAUUCCAAAAAUGAUAAGCUGUAUUUCAAUUUUGAACUCUUAAAACACGGAAAUAAAAUAAUCUAACUUUACAAAUAAUACAUAUAUCCAUGAUUUUCGACUAGCAUAGCCUUCACUUGUUGUAAAUUAUUAAUAUUAUUCAACUCCUAUAAUGGUUAAUUCUUCGAAUGUUAUAUUUGAUUCAAUAAAAUUAAAUAGAAAUAUUGCAUCUCAUGGAGGAGGCAUAUUUGUUAGUGCUAUCUCAACAAUAACUGUAAAAAAAAUAAUAUGUGAGAAAAACAAUGCAUUUUCCGGAGGUUGUAUAUAUUCGGAAAAGAAUAGUAUAAUAAACAUACUCUAAUCAUAAUUUAAGGAAAACAUAGUCUAAUAUGCAGGGGGAGCAAUAAGUUUAUUUUCUCAAAGCGAAUUAAACGAUAAGUUAUCUAUUUUUUAAUAUAAUCAAGCCGAAAAUGGUGGCUGCAUCUUUUCUUCAACUUCAUUUAUGGAUUUAGAUAAAAGUAUUAUAGAAGAAAAUAAAUCUCUUUUAUUAGCCAGUGCUAUUUCUAAUUAUAUAGGAAAGUUUAAUCUUAAAUUUAUACAUUUAAAUAAAAAUAUAUCAAAUGGAAAUUCCCUUAUUUAUUCUAUUGAGGGGGUUGGAGAAAUUUUAUCUUGUUUUUUUUCAGACAAUUACGCUUCUAGAUAGAGUUAUGGGAUUAGAGCUAUUAGAUCAUUUAUUAUUAUUAAAAGCUCGAGUUUUUUAAAAACUGAUAUCGAUAAAUCUGAUAUUUAUUAAAUUAACGGAGGAUUUAUUAGAAUUUCAGAAGGAAAUACAAUUGUAAAUAAAUAUAUAUUAAUUUAAAAAAAAAAAUUAAAAAAAUAGAUUGAAGAUACAAAGUUUAAUAAUGGAAUGGCUUUUAAUGGAGGAAGUAUUUUUAGUGGUUUUGAAGCCUUUUUAUAAAUAAAAAAUUGCCAUUUUUUUAGUGACGAAGUAAUUAGUUAGGGAGGAAACAUAUAUAGUUUUUUAAGUAGUAAAAUAGAAAUUAUAAGCAGCAGUUUCCAAGAGUCUAUAAGUUAAUAAAAAGGAAGCAAUAUAUAUGCUUAAGGAGUCCGAAAUAUUAUUAUUUCUGGCUGUGAAUUUUCAAAAAUAACCGGAAAUUCUAUCUAUGGAUUAAAUGUGUUUAAUUUUAAAAUUGAUUAAGGAUCUAAGUUUAUUAAUAUAGAAUAAUAAAAUUAAGAAUUUUAGUUUAGUGAAAUAGCCAUCUAAAGUUAAGGUUUUGAAUGCUAAAUGUGUGAUAAUAUUGAAAUAUAAAAUACUAGUUUUUAAAAUUUAUUAGCCCAUAAAGGAUCUGCUAUUUUAAUUGACAAUGAUUAUUUAACAGUACCAUGCUUAAUAAAUAUAAAAGAUUCUGUUUUUGAAAAUAAUAAAGCAUAUUAAGGAGGAGCCAUAUAUUUAUCAGGAAAUAUAUCUGGAAACAUAAUAGACACAUUAUUUUAAUCAAACAUAGCAUACUAGCCUUUAAAUAUAAUAUAUUUGAAAAAUGAAAGUGGUAUCGGGGGCGGGGUCCUAUACAACUGCCCUCGAAUAAAUAAAGACUGUGUCAUUAAAUUUACCAACGCAAAAUUUUACUCUAACACUGCUACUUUAAAAGGUGGAGGCAUUUAAUGGAAUGAUAAGCCUUUACAUAUAGAAAGUAAUUUUGAAUUUAAAGAUAAUAAGGCCGUAUAUGGAAAUAACAUAGCUUCAUAUGCUGUUUGUGUUAUAAAAGUAGACACAAUAUAAGAUACAUAUAAAAAUUCAAUUUGUUUUAACCGUUAAAUAUAGAAAGGACGUGAAAUAAUAACUCGUUUUGCAAUUGAUAAUUUUGUUAGUGGGUAAAGUCCAGAAGACUACAAAGUCGUAAAUUCUACAAAAGUUGAGAAUUUAUCAUUUGCAUUAGUCGAUCAUUACGACAAUAGGAUCAAAAGCGAUAAUUCAUCUAAAAUAACAAUGAUUCCAAUCGCCAAAUUAACAAAAGAUGAUACUGGUUGGGAAAAGAUAUUCAUUAUAAACGGUGAAGAAUUUGCCCAAUAAGGUAUUUUUAGUUUCAAAAGAUUAAAACUAAUAACAGUUCCUGGUAGUAUAAUAGAACUUUCAGUAAUCACAAAUGGAAUUCCCUUCAGAUUAAAUCGCUAAAUCGUUCGAAUAUUAUAAGAAGAUAAUUAAAUUUAUAAAAAAAACACCACACAUUUGGAAUUUAACUCAAGAUCUCUCCAAAAUUAAAUGGAUAUAGUUUCUUAAUUAAGAGAAAGUUCAGAUGCUACAAUUUAAAUGGAACUGCGAAAAUGUUCCAGAGGAGAAAUAAUGAAAGACGACUAUACAUGCUAUGAAUGUCCUCGCUAUGAAUUUUCCCUUGAUGAUACUUAGGACAUUUAACUAGGAGGAGAAUGCUAAAAAUGUGAUAAUAAGGUUUCAUUAUGUCAAGGAGGUUAUUUUAUGGGACCUCUACCAGAAUAUUGGAGACUAGAUUCAUAUAAAAAGCAUUUCCAUAAAUGUCCCAAAAAAGGCGUUUGUUUAGGCUAUAUAGACCUUUCAUUUUAAUCAGAAUAUAAUUUUGUAGGAAAAUGCAAUAAGGGUCAUACUGGGAAUUUAUGUGAUUAUUGUAUUGAAGGAUUUGCUAUUUAUUAGAAUUAAUACUGUGUAUAAUGUACGAAUAAUAAUAUAUAUUGGAUUAGAGUUUUUUUUACUGUUGUUAUAGCUUUUAUUUAGGUUUGUUGGACUAUUAGGAGUACUUUAUUACAGAAUUAAUAACCGAUGAAAAGGGCUGCUAUUUUGAUGAAAAUGAUGAUGAAUUUUAUACAAUCGAUAUUCAUUUUUACUACUUUUAAUUUCUAAUUACCUUAAGAAAUUGUCAGCUUUGUUUCUACUUAAAAUGAAUUGGCAGCUGCAAGUCUUUAAAUGUUUAAUUUUAAUUGUUUAUAUAAAGCAUCAAUUUUCUUAAAUAAUAAUAUUAGAGUUUAUUUUGCUUAAACUAUUGUUAUUAGUUUAGCACCUCUUAUACUAGUUUUUUUUGUUGUUAUUUUCUGGGUUAUUCUUUACUAUAUAGAAUAUGGAAAUGAAGCUUUUAAGGACUCCUUUUAUAAAAAAGAAAUUACUAAUAAACUUAUAGCGUCAUCAAUUAUAAUCUAAUUCACUAUUUUACCAAAAAUAUUAGAUUUAACUUUAAAAGCAUAUAAAUGUGUAAACUUAGGCGAUGAUGAUAAUCCUAUGUUAUUUUUAAAAGCGGAUUACGAUGUAAAAUGUUGGGAUAAAACACACUGGUAAUUUAUAAUAUUUGUUGCAUUACCAAGUUUACUUAUAUGGGGAAUAAUUUGCCCUAUAUUUUUCUAUUAAAAACUAGUUGUUGAUGUCUUUUGGUCUAAUGGUUAUUAGUUUAGCUUAUCAUAAUUCCAAACAUCCUUAUUCUGAUAUUAUUUUUAAUAAUUUAGAAAGAAAUAAUCUUAUUAGUUAAUGUAUUAUUUUGAUUUCUUUACUUUAUAUAGUUUCAAUUGAAUAAACUGAAUUUUAAGCAUU